AUGGCAUAUGAGGUCAGAAUUACCUUUGAGGCCGUCCCUAACGGUACUAUGCUGACCUCAUAUGCCAUACCCCGGUGUAGGGGGGAAGUGGGAUGUGUCAAAGGGGACAAUGGGAAUAUUAGGGGUGCUGUGGUGGAAAAUGAUAUGAUGUUGUUUGUGUUGUCCAGUGGAGGCCCUUCACCUAGGGACCCUGAUGGCUGCCCAUGGCUACUUCUUCCCUAUCUCAGACCAUGUACUCACACUCAAAGAUGACGGCACUUUUUACAGGUUUCAGGUACAGUGAAUCUAUAGGCUGUAUGGCUCUUUUGUGUACUAUAAUGUACUCCUACUGUCUACUUUACCUCAUCCAAUCCAUAUCAGACCACACAGGGAGGACUCAAUCCAUAUGUCUUUGUUGAGUGCUUAUCCUUUGGGACUUACAUUACUAUAUAUUUUACCCUUAAUCCAUUUAUAUGGCUGGAUGUUUUACCGAGGCAACUAAAGUGCCUCGCUCAAGGGCCUAACAGGAAUUUUAGCCAAGCAUCUCAGUUCUUAGAUCAGUUCUUAGAUAAAGGUGUCUCAGUUCUUUAGCUGCCUUGUCCCUCACUCUUUUCUUCUCACAAUCGCUCUUCUCAGACCCCCUACUUCUGGCCAUCAAACUGCUGGGAGCCAGAAAAUACAGACUAUGGUAAGAGCCUUAGCAGAAGUGAAUAGUAUUACACAAUGGAAGGUUGUAUGGUGCAUUGAAUGUAACCAUCAGCAUGAUAAUAUCAACAUAGAUUUUGGGCUACUUUCAAUCCGUAGCACGGAAGAUCUGUAGCACGGAAGAUCCGCCUUAAAGCGUGAUUGGAAUUUAAAUGUAAUUUUCGAUUGCGCCUUCAUAUUUUUAUUUUAUUUCACCUUUAUUUAACCAGGUAGGCCAGUUGAGAACAAGUUCUCAUUUACAACUGCGACCUGGCCAAGAUAAAGCAAAGCAGUGCGAUAAAAACAACAACAACACAGUGUGUUACACAUGGGAUAAACAAAAACAUACAGUCAAUAACACAAUAGAAAAUCUAUAUACAGUGUGUGCAAAUGUAGUAAGUUAUGGAGGUAAGGCAAUAAAUAGGCCAUAGUGCAAAAUAAUUACAAUGCAGCGUUUACCAUGAAUGCAGUCCCCGCGAACGCGGGAACAUUGCCUUUAAAUUUCAAUUGCGCUAUAUCAUGGAUCUUCAACGCUUCGGAUGAAUGUAGGCACAAAUUUGUAUAGCAUCUGACAUGCUGUAUAUUGUAGCCCAAAUGCUCUGGCUUAGUAGAAGAAAACAGAACCAUGAAUUGGGUUUAAUGGAAAAGAUAAGGUUAUGUUAAUUUGAGUCUUAUUUUGUAUGUGAGUUGCAAGAAUCGCACCAGCCAUAUAGAUAGCCGUUUGCAUCCCCAAAGCAGCUCUUUGAUUCAUCCCUAUUGUUUUUGUUGAAGUGCUGAUUACAGUUGAAGUCAGAAGUUUACAUACACCUUAGCCAAAUACAUUUAAACUCAGUUUUUCACAAUUCCUGACAUUUAAUCCUAGGUCAGUUAGAAUUAGCACUUUAUUUUAAGAAUGUGAAAUGUCAGAAUAAUAGUAGAGAGAAUGAUUUAUUUCAGCUUUUAGUUCUUUCAUCACAUUCCCAGUGGGUCAGAAGUUUACAUACACUAAAUUAGUAUUUGGUAGCAUUGCCUUUAAAUUGUUUAACUUGGGUCAAACGUUUCAGGUAGCCUUCCACAAGCUUCCCACAAUAAGUUGGGUGAAAUUUGGCCCAUUCCUCCUGACAGAGCUGGUGUAACUGAGUCAGCUUUGUAGGCCUCCUUGCUCGCACACGCUUUUUCAGUUCUGCCCACACAUUUUCUAUAGGAUUGAGGUCAGGGCUUUGUGAUGGCCACUCCAAUACCUUGACUUUGUUAUCCUUAAGCCAUUUUGCCCCAAAUUUGGAAGUAUGCUUGGGGUCAUUGUCCAUUUGGAAGAUCAAUUUGCGACCAAGCUUUAACUUCCUGACUGAUGUCUUGAGAUGUAAUCCACAUAAUUGUCCUUCCUCAUGAUGCCAUCUAUUUUGUGAAGUGCACCAGUCCCUCCUGCAGCAAAGCACCCCCACAGCAUGAUGCUGCCACCCCGUGCUUCACGGUUGGGAUGGUGUUCUUGGGCUUGCAAAUUCCCCCUUUUUCCUCCAAACAUAACGAUGGUCAUUAUGGCCAAACAGUUCUAUUUUUCUUUCAUCAGACCAGAGGACAUUUCUCCAAAAAGUACGGUCUUUGUCCCCAUGUGCAGUUGCAAACCGUAGUCUGGUUUUUUUAUGGCGGUUUUGGAGCAGUGGCUUCUUCCUUGCUGAGCGGCCUUUCAGGUUAUGUCGCUAUAUGACUCAUUUUACUGUGGCUAUAGAUACUUUUGUACCUGUUUCCUCCAGCAUCUUCACAAGGUCCUUUGCUGUUCUGGGAUUGAUUUGCACUUUUCGCACCAAAGUACGUUAAUCUCUAGGAGACAGAACGCAUCUCCUUCCUGAGCGGUAUGACGUCUGCAUGGUCCCAUGGUGUUUAUACUUGCAUACUAUUGUUUGUACAGAUGAACGUGGUACCUUCAGGCGUUUGGAAAUUGCUCCCAAGGAUGAACCAGACUUGUGGAGGUCUACAAUCUUUUUUCUGAGGUCUUGGCUGAUUUCUUUUGAUUUCCCAUGAUGUCAAGGAAAGAGGCACUGAGUUUGAAGGUAGGCCUUGAAAUACAUCCUCAGGUACACCUCCAAUUGACUCAAAUGAUGUCAAUUAGCUUAACAGAAGCUUCUAAAGCCAUGACAUAAUUUUGUCAUAAAGGCACAGUCAACUGAGUGUAUGUAAACUUCUGACCCACUGGAAUUGUGAUACGGGAUGUCAUGCCAUAGCAUGAAUACACGUACAGGGGUAAUGGAAUACUGGAAUCUCUCCAGAUGUUCAGUGUAGAGAGGGAUAGAGGGUUGUAGUAAUGGAGUGAUGGAAUGGGAGGGAAGGUGUUUCCAUCCAAGUCCCUGUUCAUUUUCACAGACGUGCUAUGGUUAUUGACCUGUGUGACUUACAGGCUAGUUUAGAUUGGCCGUUGAGUGGUUUUGGUAAACAGGUUAGGACCAGUUAAGGAUGUUGUUAAGGCGCAUUAACAAGCCACAUUGUACUCUGGUCAUAGGGAAUGACUUUUCCACAGGCAUCUCAAUGUUGUGGCCUAGUCUGCAGCUGUUGCAGAAGGGGUUUGGCAAAGUAAAACUUGAUCAACAGCCAGCAUCUGGUCAACAGUAGUUUUCUCUGUUUUCUGAUAAGUUUGUUCUUCCUAUUUGUUCUGUCUCUCAGCUGUUUACCUGUGCAAAAGAACAAUGCAAAACAAAGCUCGUCUGGAGCUGGCAGACUAUGAGGCGGUAAGAUGUCUUCUCUGUUCAUAUCGUCAUUCUCUCUUUAUUAUGUUAGCACUAGAGUAAUUAACGUUGAUAUCAGCCUGAUUUGUGUCCUCACAGUGAAAGCCUUUUGUUCUGUUGGUAUUAUUGUGUUAUUAUAUUAUGUCAUGGGAUAACUGUCUGGAUUUUGUAUGCUUAUUGUUGUUUCAGGAGAGCUUAGCGCGGCUACAGAGAGCAUUUGCCAGAAAAUGGGAGUUCAUAUUUAUGCAAGCAGAAGCACAAGCAAAGUACAUUUCCAAAUGAAACUAAUGUAGUACUGUAUGGGUUGAUGAAUGUUAAGUUGAUCACCACAAUCCUCAUUAUAACGGAUAUGCCCUCAUCUCUAACUACCACUUCUCAUCAGUUUCCUAAUAACACCACAUUUUAGGCCAGGGGAAGUGGCAAAGAAAAAACAUAAAUAAUUACACAAAAUAUGUUUUUCGUAAAAGACCAAAAAAGUAAUUGCCUGUACUGUGUAUCUCCUCAGAGUUGACAAGAAAAGAGAUAAGAUUGAGAGGAAAAUUCUCGAUAGUCAAGAAAGAGCAUUUUGGGAUGUGCACAGACCUGUGGUGAGUUUAUUGUUAUUUUAAAAUCUCAUGCUACAAGAGUCACACUAUUUCCAUAACAUAACAUCUAGCUACAGUAUUUGGGCAAAUUUUCCACUGCAGCAUACAGCUAACUGGAGGCUAAGUGCUCAAAUUCAAUCUGUAUCGCUGAAGUUCAGCGCUGUAGCACGAUUAAAAUGUAAAGUGAAUUUCCUAUUGAGCCGACAUAUGCAGCGUUUACCGUGAAUGCAGACUCCGCGUACUAGCCUUAAAAUGUAAUUGCGCUAUAGCGCUGAACUUCCACGAUAGGGAUUGAAUCGAGUAAACUUAGUAUUCAUUUGUGCAAUAUUGUUGUGUAUUGUCAUGCAUACAUGCUUAGAAAUAUCCAUUGUCAAAAACCUAAGUUGUUCUUAUCUUAGAAAUUGUAUUACUUGGCAUGGAUUUUAUUAUUAGAUGAUUUUUGUAAAAUGACAAUGAACGUAACCUGUGCUUUUUUCAGUCUACAAAGCAAUUUCCUUCACCGUUCAAUGCAAAUAAUGUGAUGGGUUUGGAUAAUAGUCACAUUUUCAGAGCUUGGUAAAGGCAGAGCUUUUUCUUUCUUCUUUGUCUGCCGUAAUAUCUAAAUGUUAUUACUGUACCGUCAAUUCCUCCCAAAAAAAAUUCAGCUGCAGCUCUCCAGUGGUCUGUAUGACCUCAUCAUCCAUUCAGACACACUUCCUUCUUAGCAUUAGCUUCCACUAGGGAAUGGAUCUGCUUCUCUGGCCAUGAACUUAAUUGGAAAAUAACAGGAUCAAUUUAUGCAUUCUCUGAGCAUUAUAAUCAGGUUCCUUUCUGAUUUCACAGCAGCCUUGUCAAACCACUUAACCACUGUGGUCCUGGAGGAUGCCUUGAUUGUACCCCUUGUUUAAUCAUACAGGACGUACAGACAAUAUGUUUUAUUUCUCAGUGAUACAUUGAUUCUUUAAAAAUGUUGUUAGAAUUUUUACAUUAAUAUUUCACUAGACCAUGUUUGACUGCGCAUGUAGAAAGGUGCAAUAGAAGAAGCUGGCUAUGGUUUGCUGGGUUCACUAAACAGUCCUACCUGAGCUGCUAGUGAAUCAAUAAGAAGAAGCAGAGAAUGCUCUCUGAAGGUCUUUAUUUUAUUCAUUCAUACUGUUCAUUUCUGUUGCUCUCCAGCCCGGAUGUGUAAACACAACAGAAGUUGACAUAAAGAAGUCCUCCAGAAUGAAAAACCCCCACAAGACAAGAAAGGUUAGAGCGUCCUAUAAAUCCAUUACUUCUGAAUAACAGGUCAGCUGAAAACACUGUUGUUUGAGUUUGACUUUGGUGGGUUCUGUUUGAUUGUAUCUCUGCCUCAGUCUGUAUAUGGGCCUCAGAAUGAUGUGCGCAACCACAGCCCCACCCACACCCCUGCCCCAGAGGCCAAGCCGGCCACAGAGGAGGAGCUACAGGACCAGGUAAUGUAGAGGGUGCUGCACUGCCUGGGUGGUUUUCUCUUGCAUUGCAAGAAUGUACACUACCGUUCAAAAGUUUGGGGUCACUUAGAAAUGUCCUUGUUUUCGAAAGAAAAGCAAUUUUUUUGUUCAUUAAAAUAACUACAGAAAUACAGUGUAGACAUUGUUAAUGUUGUAAAUGGCUAUUGUAGCUGGAAACGGCUGAUUUUUAAUGGAAUAUCUACAUAGGCGUACAGAGGCCCAUUAUCAGCAACCAUCAGUCCUGUGUUCCAAUGGCACGUUGUGUUUGCUAAUCCAAGUUGAUCAUUUUAAAAGGCUAAUUGAUCAUUAGAAAACCCUUUUGCAAUUAUGUUAGCACAGCUGAAAACUGUUGUGCUGAUUAAAGAAGCAAUACAACUGGCCUUCUUGAGACUAGUUGAGUAUCACCAGUCUCAACAUCAAAAGUGAAGAGGCGACUCCGGGAUGCUGACCUUCUCGGCAGAAUUGCAAAGAAAAAGCCAUAUCUCAGACUGCCCAUCUUAAUCUUUUCUUUUUAUUGGCUAGUCUGAGAUAUGGAUUUUUCUUUGCAACUCUGCUUAGAAGGUCAGCAACCCGGAGUCGCCUCUUCAGUGUUGACGUUGAGACUGGUGUUUUAAUGGUACUAUUUAAUGAAGCUGCCAGUUGAGGACCUGUGAGGCAUCUGUUUCUCAAACUAAACACUCUAAUGUAUUUGUCCUCUUGCUCAGUUGUGCACCAGGGCCUCCUACUCCUCUUUCUAUUCUGGUUAGAGCCAGUUUAUGCUGUUCUGUGAAGGGAGUAGGACACAGCCUUGUACGAGAUCUUCAGUUUCUUGGCAAUUUCUUGCAUUGAAUAGCCUUCAUUUCUCAGAACAAGAAUAGACUGACGAGUUUCAGAAGAAAGUUAUUUGUUUCUGGCCAUUUUGAGCCUGUAAUCGAACCCACAAUUGCUGAUGCUCCAGAUACUCAACUAGUCUUAAGAAGGCCAGUUUUAUUGCUUCUUUAAUCAGCACAACAGUUUUCAGCUGUGCUAACAUAAUUGCAAAAGGGUUUUCUAAUGAUCAAUUAGCCUUUUAAAAUGAUAAACUUGGAUUAACACAGGACUGAUGGUUGCUGAUAAUGGGCCUCUGUACGCCUUGCAAAUGUAUUCAUCCCCCUUGGCAUUUUUCCUAUUUUGUUGCAUUACAACCUGUAAUUUAAAUAGAUUUUUAUUUGGAUUUCAUGUAAAGGACAUAGACAAAAUAGUCCAAAUUGGUGAAGUGAAAUUCAAAAAAUAAAUAACGGAAAAGUGGUGCGUCCAUAUGUAUUCACCCCCUUUGCUAUGAAGCCCCUAAAUAAGAUCUGGUGCAACCAAUUACCUUCAGAAGUCACAUAAUUAGUUAAAUAAAGUUAAAUAAAGUCCACCUGUGUGCAAGUGUCACAUGAUCUCAGUAUAUAUACACCUGUUCUGAAAGGCCCCAGAGUCUGCAACACCACUAAGAAAGGGGCACCACCAAGCAAGCGGCACCAUGAAGACCAAGGAGCUCUCCAAACAGGUCAGGGACAAAGUUGUGGCGAAGUACAGAUCAGGGUUGGGUUAUAAAAAAAUAUCAGAAACUUUGAACAUGCCACGGAGCACCAUUUUAAUCCAUUAUAAAAAAAUGGAAAGAACAUGGCACCACAACAAACCUGCCAAGAGAGGGCUGCCCACCAAAACUCACGGACCAGGCAAGGAGGGCAUUAAUCAGAGACCAAAGAUAACCCUGAAGGAGCUGCAAAGCUCCACAGCGAAGAUUGGAGUAUCUGUCCAUAGGACCACUUUAAGCCAUACACUCCACAGAGCUGGGCUUUACGGAAGAGUGGCCAGAAAAAAGCCAUUGCUUGAAGAAAAAAAAUAAGCAAAUGUUUGGUGAUCGCCAAAAGGCAUGUGGGAGACUCCCCAAACAUAUUGAAGAAGGUACUCAUGUCAGAUGAGACUAAAAUUGAGCUUUUUGGCCAUCAAGGAAAACGCUAUGUCUUGCGCAAACCCAACACCUCUCAUCACCCCGAGAACACCAUCACCAUGUUUUUUAUCGGCAGGGACUGGGAAACUGGUCAGAAUUGAAUGAAUGAUGGAUGGUGCUAAAUAUAGGGAAAUACUUGAGGGAAACUUGUUUCAGUCUUCCAGAGAUUUGAGACUGGGACGGAGGUUCACCUUCCAGCAGGACAAUGACCCUAAGCAUACUGCUAAAGCAACACUCAAGUGGUUUAAGGGGAAACAUUUACAUGUCUUGGAAUGGCCUAGUCAAAGCCCAGACCUUAAUCCAAUUAAGAAUCUGUGGUAUGACUUAAAGAUUGCUGUACACCAGCGGAACCCAUCCAACUUGAAGGAGCUGGAGCAGUUUUGCCUUGAAGAAUAGGCAGAAAUCCCAGUGGAUAGAUGUGCCAAGCUUAUAGAGACAUACCCCAAGAGACUUGCAGCUGUAAUUGCUGCAAAAUGUGGCUCUACAAAGUAUUGACUUUGGAGGGGGUGAAUAGUUCUGCACGCUCAAGUUUUUUUUGUCUUAUUUCUUGCUUGUUUCACACAACAACAAAAAAAUUGCAUCUUCAAAGUGGUAGGCAUGUUGUGUAAAUCAAAUGAUACAAACCCCCCAAAAAAUCAAUUUUAAUUCCAGAUUGUAAGGCAACAAAAUAGGAAAAAUGCCAAGGGGGGUGAAUACGUUUACAACAUUAACAAUGUCUUCCCUGUAUUUCUGAUCAAUUUGAUGUUAUUUUAAUGGACAAGAAAAUUGCUUUUCUUUCGAAAACAAGGACAUUUCUAAGCGACCCCAAACUUUUGAACGGUAUUGUAUGUUUGGAACGAAAAGUUUUUUCCAAAUGUACACUUAUGGUUUCCAGAAAUUCACAAAAUAUUGUUUCCCCUUGUUGUUCCAGAUCACUUAUUGGGGAGGGCAAUUAGACAGACAUCGACUGAAAAUGUCCAAAGUGGCCGAGAGGUGAGCUAAGUUCUCUGUCUCUUCAUUCUCCCCCCACUGAUCUGUUGUUGAACUCUUUAAUGCUUAUUGUAGCCAGUAAUUAAGAGCUUAGACAACCUUGAAAAAUGUUUAGUCCAAACAAUACCGGCUGUGUAUCAUCAGCACUAAGGCUAUUUGUCAUUUCCUGUGCCGUAACACUGAACAGAGUGUAGAUUCCCAUCCUUAGUUGCCUGGGUUACUCACUAUUGUGUUAAAGCAAAGACACUAGAUUACUUCACUUCCUGCUAUCUUCGAAGGUCAAAUACUGUAUAGCACUGCUCUUAGUCAUAUCCUGAGUUCCCCAGGCGGCAUGAUACAUUGUCACCUUUUCUGUCCACUGUACCUGACUGAACUGAAUAGUUUGUUUUCUUUCUCCCAGUUUGUUGGCCUAUACAGAGCAGUAUGUGGAAUACGACCCCUUCAUCACACCAACCGACCCCUCCAACCCCUGGAUCUCAGACGACACCACAGUGUGGGAGCUGGAGGCCAGGUGUGUCUUCUUGGACUGUCUUUUUGACUUUUUUUUAUCUCUGUGGUUAUUCUGUGUUGUUUUACACGGGUACAAGUAUUAUGUGUGGUACCAGUAAAUGCUUUGUAAGUUGCUCUGCUGCAAACCAUCUCCUGAGGGAUGUCAGGUAAUAAUACAAUGAUUUGUAACUGUAUAGUGUGUACUGUUUACUGUACUGUGUACUGUUAAAUGUUCACAGAGGUUUCCCUUUAUACACUGUGUUGUCUGACUGCGUGUGUCUCUCCUCAGUAAGGAGCCAGGUCAGCAGAGGGUGAAGAGGUGGGCGUUCGGCAUCAAUGAGGUUCUCAAGGAUCAGGUGGGGAGGGAGCAGUUCCUCAAGUUCCUGGAGUCUGAGUUUAGCUCAGAAAACCUUAGGUAGGGGAUACAGUGCAUACACACACACAUAACACACAUGCACCCACGUACACCCCCACAUGCAUACACUCACUUCCUUUCUCUCACACUAUCAUAACGUAUAUUUGCAUAAUCAUUUACGUUUCCUGUACUCCCUCUGCUGGUACUUCUCUGAACUGUUUUGCCCAGAGGUAAUAUUUAGGUCAAUCUGGUAAUGUAACUAAGUGAGAGUCGUUAUUAUAUAACUGAGUGAGAGUCAGAGGUGACAACCUUUGCCUUGAUGACAGCUUUGCACACUCUUGGCAUUCUCUCAACCAGCUUCAUGAGGUAGUCACCUGGAAUUCAUUUCAAUGAACAGGUGUGCCUUGUUAAAAGUUAAUUUGUGGAAUUUCUUUCCUUCUUAAUGCAUUUGAGCCAAUCAGUUGUGUUGUGACAAGUUAGGGGUGGUAUACAGAAGAUAGCCCUAUUUGGUAAAAGACCAAGUCCAUAUUAUGGCAAGAACAGCUCAAAUAAGCAAAGAGAAACAACAGUCCAUCAUUACUUUAAGACAUGAAGGUCAGUCAAUACGGAAUAUUUCAAGAACUUUGAAAUUUUCUUCAAGUGCAUUGGCAAAAACCAUCAAGCGCUAUGAUGAAACUGGCUCUCAUGAGGACCGCCACAGGAAUGGAAGAUCCAGAGUUACCUCUGCUGCAGAGGAUAAGUUCAUUAGAGUUAUCAGCCUCAGAAAUUGCAGCCCAAAUAAAUGCUUCACAGAGUUCAAGUAACAGACACAUCUCAACAUCAACUGUUCAGAGGAGACUGCGUGAAUCAGGCCUUCAUGGUCGAAUUGCUGCAAAUAAAUCACUACUAAAGGACACCAAUAAGAAGAAGAGACUAGCUUGGGCCAAGAAACACGAGCAAUGGACAUUAGACAGGUGGAAAUCUGUCCUUUGGUCUGAUGAGUCCAAAUUUGAGAUUUUUGGUUCCAACCUCCGUGUCUUUGUGAGACGCAGAGUAGGUGAACGGAUGAUCUCUGCAUGUGAGGUUCCCACCAUGAAGCAUGGAGGAGGAGGUGUGAUGGUGUGAGUGUGCUUUGCUGGUGACACUGUCAGUGAUUUAUUUAGAAUUCAAGGCACACUUAACCAGCAUGGCUAACACAGCAUUCUGCAGCGAUACGCCAUCCCAUCUGGUUUGUGCUUAGUGGGACUAUCAUUUGUUUUUCAACAGGACAAUGACCCAACACACCUCCAGGCUGUGUAAGGGCUAUUUGACCAAGAAGGAGAGUGAUGGCGUGCUGCAUCAGAUGACCUGGCCUCCACAAUCACCCGACCUCAACCUAAUUGAGAUGGUUUGGGAUGAGUUGGACCGCAGAGUGAAGGAAAAGCAGACAACAAGUGCUCAGCAUAUGUGGGAACUCCUUCAAGACUAAUGGAAAAGCAUUCCAGGAGUGUGCAUAGCUGUCAUCAAGGCAAAGGGUGGCUACUUUGAAGAAUCUAAAAUCUAAAAUAUAUUUUGAUUUGUUUAACACUUUUUUGGUUACUACAUGAUUCCAUAUGCGUUAUUUCAUAGUUUUUAUGUUGUCACUAUUAUUCUACAAUGUAGAAAAUAGUAAAAAUAAAGAAAAACCCUGGAAUGAAUAGGUGUGUCCAAACUUUUGACUGGUACUGUAUAUUUUCUUUGUACACACUCACCCCCUGUGUUGUGUCCUGCAGGUUCUGGCUAGCUGUCCAGGAGGUGAAGAAGAGGCCCAUCCGGGAGGUCCCGACCCGGGUUCAGGAGAUCUGGCAGGAGUUCCUGGCCUCUGGAGCUCCCAGUGCCAUCAACGUUGACUCUAAGAGCUACGACAAGACCACCCAGAAUGUCAAGGACCCUGGACGCUAUGCCUUUGAGGACGCACAGGUAACACUGUAAUAAAAUGUUAGUGAACUUUAGGGUAAACAUAGGCAUGUUACUGGCUUAUGCAUCAGCUGGAUAAGCUACUGUACAGUUCAGUACAUUCAUCUGUACAGACAAAUUCUGGAACGUUGAAUCGUAUCAAGGGUUCUUACAACGUGACCAUCACUGUGGUUGAACCAUUUCCUUAUGGUUGACAGGAUCACAUCUUCAAGCUGAUGAAGAGUGACUCCUACAGCCGCUUCAUCCGUUCCAGUGCCUAUCAGGAGCUGCUACAGGCCAAGAAGAAGGUAAGGUCUUCAAAGCCUUAACCUCCCAGGCUGUCUGCCCUGCUCUUUUCUGCCUGGGGCCUGGAACAAUGAUAUUGGUGCCCCCAGCAGUGAAGGAAUAACUAGCAGCAUUUUCACAUGCCAAGAAAAUGCCUCAUAAGGUGUCUGACCUGUAAGGAUGGUUGUGAUGAUGGGGAAAUUCAAAUUAUAGUUCCUUCAUGAUAUUCUAUGAUUGCUAAAUGUGGCUUAUCAACCUGGUCUCAGAGCAAAGCGUAUUAUAUUUUAAAAUAAUCUUUGCCACUCCAUUUAGUAUGAUAUGUUACUUUACUUUAGGUUACAUUACAUUGGCCUACCAAUGGAAUAGGGGUCAUACAAUAUAAUACGAAUUGUAGGAUGUAUAGUAUUCUAUGUCUUGACCCGUUUAGUAUGAUGUAUUACGUUUGACUGCUUUAGUAUGAUAUAUUACUUUAGACUUCUUUAGUAUGAUAUAUUACGUUCGACUGCCUUAGUAUGAUAUAUUACUAUCGACUUCUUUAGUAUGAUAUAUUACAUUCGACUGCUUUAGUAUGAUAUAUUACAUUUGACCGCUUUAGUAUGAUCUGCUACGUUAGGUUAGGGGUUAAGGUUAGGGUUAAGUUUAGGAUUAAGAGUUAGGUUAAAGGGUUAAGGUUAGGGUUAGUGGAAGGGUUAGCUAACAUGCUAAGUAGUUUUAAAUAGCUAAAAAGUACUAAGUAGUUGCAAAGUGCUAAAAUGCUAAAGUUGUCCAUGAUGUGAUUCAAACACACAACCUUUAAGUUGCUAGUCGUUUGCAUAUAUGUGACCGACCGCCUUCAUUCGGUCUUAUGUAGCAAAAUUUGAAAUUGUGUUUUUUACAUUGGAUAAAAGUAGAGACACAGAGCUACAAAAUGGUACAGUAUAUAAUACACUGCAUUUAAGGGAACAAUGGGAAAGUAAUUCUGCUUUGAAAGUUGAUAAACUUGUAAUCUCACUUUUGAGAAAAUGGCCUUUGAAUGUUUUGGUACCUACUGAAGAGCUCUUCUUUGUCUACACUCAUUCAGCAUCGUUCACACCCACUUUAGCUCAACCCAUCUCGUUUCGCUCUUGGAGCGUUCAGAGCGCACACUUGACGCUCUGGCCGAUGAGUAGGGUUGAUCAGAGCGUUCUGAACUCACAACUGCAGUCAAGCACCCAAGCUAACUGGCUAACAUUGGCUAGCUUGCUAGCUACUUCCAGACACAAAAUUGGGAUUAUGGUUCAUUGUUUACCUCUGGAUAACAUGAAAACAGCCUAACCAGCUCUGCUAGGCUGAGUAAAAUAGUCAGUGGGGUGAUCUCUCAAAUGAGAGAACACCCCACUGACCAUUUAUUCAAAUGAGAGAACACCCCACUGACCAUUUUACUCAAGUGAGAUAACACCCCAAUGACCAUUUUACUUGCCCUAGCAGAGCUGGUUAGGCUGUUUUCAUGUUAUCCAGUGCGUUGGUGACUGUAACUGUGCUGCUGGCAACAAUUUAAUUAUGCUUUUUUGCCGACGUUUACUGACCCCGGCCAUAUUGGAUAAAGUAAUCCUUCUACCCCCCCCCCCCCCCCCCAAAAAAAAAUAAUAAAUAAAUAAAUAAAUAAAAAUAUUAAAAAAAAUAUAUAUAUAAAAAAAUAUUUGUAAAGUGGUUAUCCCACUGGCUAUAGGGUGAAUGCACCAAUUUGUAAGUCGCUCUGGAUAAGAGCGUCUGCUAAAUGACGUAAAUGUAAAUGUAUAUUCAACGGGUGUUGUACGUCCGUAAAUUCAUCAGUUAUUCUGCGCUCUGGCAUACUCAGACUGAAUUUACGAACGCACCCGAAAUGGUUACUUGCAUAGUGGAGUCUUUUGUUAAGACAUGUAGCUAGCUAGCUAGGUAAACAUUAGGCUCUAACUAGCCAAGCAACUGGCUCUGAGAUAUGAAUAAUAAGAUCAUACAUGUAAUGUUAGCUAGCGAGCCUGCCAGCUAACGUUAGCUAGCUAGUUAAACAAUGAACCAUAAUCCCAACUCAUGACUUUACUACCCUGCAUGAAUCUGCAGGUAGCUAACCAACCAGGUUCAAUGUUAGCUAGCUCACAUUAGGCUCUAACUAGCCAAGCAACUGGCUCUGAGAUACGAAUAAUAAGAUCAUACACCAGAAAGUGGAGAGCAACACUCAUGCAGCUCCACUACAUGAUACAUUAUUUAAAAAGCCAUGUUAGACAGGAUUACUUACACAUACUGACCAGCUCAAAUAGACAGAAGCGUGCUAUAUGGCAGACCAAUCCUAACUCCUCUCUCGGCAUGUCCAGCCCACUCAUUAUCUCAGCCAAUCAUGGCUAGUGGGAAGGUUGCUGUCUUUUUCUGUGUUUUAACCAACUAGGCUCGUAAUUAUUUUUUUUAUUUGUAUUUACAGAUGGCAUACAAGUUUGUUAUUAAGGCACAUGAAAGUUCACAUGUUCCAGAAGGCAUUUCUGCCAAAAAACGCAUUUUGAUUAAAAACAAAGUUUACGUUCAAAUGGCUCUCCUGUGAAGUAGUGACCCUCGACAUAUGCCUAGUUUCCUGAAACGAGUCACAUAUAAGCCUACCCAUCCACCCUGACCAACCACCCUCCUUUCGUUUUUGCUUUAAGUAACCUACUGUCAACCCAAAAGUAACAGAUCAUACUAAUUUGAGUAUCCCGGAUUAAGGUAGGUCAAUGUAAUGUUACCUAACGUAACGUAACAUAUCAUACUAAAAUGGAGUGACACGGAUUUUAGUAAAAUAUUAUACGUUUUGCUCUGAGACCAGGCUGGGCUUAUGGUUUGUGUUAUGUUAAGUCUCAUUGUAUAAUUCUCAUCGUAAAUACAUUAGCAUAUCCUUAUAUUCGCUAUUAUUUUUCAAAGGGCCUCUCCUCACAGAUUAGUUUGUUUCCCAUUCCUUCACUUUUCAGUUUCAGCUCUGUCUAUCUUUUCUGGCUUUCCUUUUCUUUUGGUUUCUUUUCACAUAAUUUUUUGGUUAAUUAGGGAGGCAUUCAGGACCGCAGAACUUCAUUUGAGAAAUUCACUCAAAAUGUGGUAAGAGGACAUGGCUUUUUCUGGUCAACCAACGGGGCUGUUCAGAUAAAGCUUGUCCACUGCUUUAUCACUCCCUCCUUCCCUACUUCACCUAUGGGCCCUUUCAUGGACAUGGACAUAAUGACGUUUCAUGGACAUCUUUUUCAGGACCUUGUCAAUAUGAACCUCUAA